UUUGCGUGACAGCUAACGUCAGCUGCACUUGACGUUUUGGUUUGUUUGUUUGAUUAAAAAGAAAAAAAUAACUGAAUUUUAAGAUUUAUCUAAUCAAUUGUAUAGCGUGCCGCGAUCUCUAUUAUCGUGUAUUCGGUUGAUUCACACGUGAAAGGAACUUGCCUUCAUUUUGUGUAUAAGUGCGGUGUUUAUGAAAGGGUAAUUAUGGCAGAGCAGCUAACAUCUCAGCAGCCUACACAAGAUAGCACUUCUGCUACGACUACGCUCACACUAGAUAGCACGGACUCGCAUCAGAGCGUCCCUACAGUUCAGUUGACUCUGAGGAAGCCGAGGACGGACAGGAAAGUACAAUGGACUACGGAAACUAUAGACAAUGAACACAUGGACAAAAAGAAAUCUAAAUGUUGUUGCAUUUACAAGAAACCGAAAGCUUUUGAUGAGAGCAGUUCGGACAGCAGUGAUGAUGAGUGCGAUCAUUGUCAGGGACAUGUAGAGAAAAAGCACCAGCAUCAAAGCUCUGCUUGCGAGGAACGCAGUGAAAGUGCUUCAGAAACCGUUCAAAUUCCUGUAGAAAACGCGGAUCCACCAGAUGAGAAUCUGCCGCACGAUGAAGAACCUCCUAAUCCUUAAUCCAAUUUUAUCCUUUCCAAGUAUUUUAAAUAUUUUUCGAUGUGAUACGAUUCCAUUGCCAUAAGUAUAUACAUUUAAAGCUUUCUUUUUUAUUAUAAAAAUCUAUCCCACAAUUAAUUAAGGAUUAUUAUAGAGAGCGUAUUGCUUUAUUUGAAUGUGUAAAAUUACAAAUAAAGUAAAAUAUUUAUGACUAGAAACUA